UCCUCAUUCUGUUUGGUGAUUGUAACAGUCCAUUACAGUCCAUUCUCGGAUCUAAUGAAGAGCAAGACAUACGAAAGUUGCGGAUUACAACAAUUUGUCUUUAUUUGGCUAAACCGCAUCUAUAACUAGUGAAAUUUGACAGGUAAGUCUAGCCUAUAUUAUGACAUUGCACCUCUAUUCUAUAGCCUAUCUGUCUUUUAAAAGUUAGCAGCAGUUUUUUUUUAUCAAGCAUGUGUUCAUUUGUAUUUCUAUAAACAUUAGGCUAGUCCAUUUAUUUGGCAAAAUAGUCCACAUUUUCUCAAUAAAAAAAACGUCAUACGAUCCACUUAGUUUAGUGCGCAAGUUUAAGUUGUUCUGAAACCUUUGUCUAAUGAAAUUGGUCUGUGUACCAACUUGGCGUAGCCUGUGUUUUCAAUUUGGUAUGUUUUAAGAGCAGACAUAUUAUUCCCCAAAAUGGUGGGUUUUAAAAUAAAGAAUUCCAACUGUAGACUGCACUAUGCAGCUACAGUCUCAUAAACCCGACCCUAGUAGCGUUUAUACAUUGUGCGAGGCAACAAGUCUGCGGAGGGAGACUUCUGUGCAGCAGCUUCCUAACGCCAUCCCGCUCACACUUCACAAUGGUGUGAUGGACAUUCCUGCCGUGUGCACGCCCACACUGACUGUGCCCUCCAAAGUGCGUGAGGCAUGGUCUAAGUUUAUUUUUGUGAGGCAUGGUCUAAGUUUAUUUGUAUGUAUUCAACAUUAUUAAAUGGAAUUGCAUUUUCUGCAUUGUUUAACCAACUUAAUUCCCCCCCAAAAAUGAAUAUUCCUUGACCUAAAUAACACCAAAGAGAAAUACAUGCCUUAUGCAGAGAGGGUUUUUCGCUUUUCUGGCAAAAGGCAGUGGCUGGUCAAAUGAGGAAGUGUACAGAAGCCACAGUAGCCUCUAUUCGUCUUCUUCUUCUAAUCUGUCUAGAGCCGUUUCCUGGCUGUCAUCUAAAUAAUCAGCCGCAACACUUGUGACAGCCAGAGCCUGAGACCCAGAGCCUGAGACCCAAAGGACCCAACAGGGUUAAGGUUGUUUUUAAGCAGAGAGCACUAGAGGUGUUGAAUGCUUUCUUCUUAUCACAGAUAUUUUGCUUAAUGGUCUAAUGCAUUGUCCAUAUCAUCCAAUGACAGUGCAGUAGUACAAACAAAUGCUAUGGUUCACUAUGGUUCACAAUCAGACGUUCAUUAUUGGAAAACCGUGAAAAACAAGGACAUUUCUAAUCUAUAAUGAACAAAAAUAUAAACGCAACAUGUAAAGUGUUGGUCUCAUGUUUCAUGAGCUGAAAUAUAAGAUCCCAACACAAUGCCACAGAUGUCUCAAGUUUUGAGGGAGCGUGCAAUUGGCAUGCUGACUGCAGGAAUGUCCACCAGAGCUGUUGCCUGAGAAUUGAAAGUUCUCCAACGUCGGUUUAGCGAAUAUGACAGUACGUCCAACCGGCCUCACAACAGCAGACCGCGUGUAACCACGCCAGCCCUCCACAUCAGGCUUCUUCACCUGUGGGAUCGUCUGAGGGGGUGCUGAGGAGUAUUUCUGUCUGUAAUAAAGCCCUUUUGUGGAGAAAAACUCAUUCUGAUUGGCUAGGCCUGGCUCCCAGGCCCACCCAUGGCUGCACCCUUGCCCAGUGAUGUGAAAUCCAUAGAUUAGGGCUUAAUGAGUUAAUUUAAAUUGACUGAUUUCCUUAUAUGAACUGUAACUCAGUAACAUUUUUGAAAUUGUUGCAUGUUGCAUUUAUAUUUUUGUUCAGUAUAGUUUCUGAUCUGGUUCUGGUUUCCAUUUGGGAUAAAUUAAAUACAAGACAAGGACAAAUUAAUGGUGUGCCUUUAAGCUGUUAGUUGGCCAGAAAGCAAAACUGAUCAAGAUUCUCAUAGGGGUCCAAAGUUUGAGGAAACAGUAAAUGUGUUCAGUUUCUUCAAGGAAAAAAAAUACCUCACACUCUGAUAAAAUAAAUUCUAAUUUUGACUGGAAUAGUUAAUAACUAUUCAUGUUUUCCCUCCCUCAGUUUUAAUGACACACUAGUUUAAGAUCAAACAAUAGGCCUAUUGUAUUAAUUAUAUUAUUUUGUAGCUCUUGAUAUAAGACAAUAUCUGUAACUUAUAACUGAAAUCAUUGGAGAAUUCUCCUGGACACUGAGCAUUGGAGUGUGUAAAUGUGUUUUGACACAGGAAAUCAUGUCUUGCCCCAGACCUCAGUGAACCAGCUGUACAACUGUGUUUCCUGCUGGUAGACAGCAAACCGCAGCCUGUAUUGAAUGUCUAUGGUAUUAACCUACAUAGCAGACAAUGUACCAAUCUAAGAUUGUGACCUUCACAGUAUAGUAUUGUUGUUAUACUCAACCACUACUGCUCCAAACUCCACGCACAUGUGUGUCUGUGUGUGUGUGUGUGUGUGUUUGUGUGUAUAGGUGUGUGUGUGAGAAAGAGAGUGUGAGAGAGAGAGAGAGAGAUACUGAUAUACAACCACUGCUGCUCAAAAACCCACUCUCUUCUAUUUUGAGGUGUAACUUCAUUUGCCGUCCUCGCUGAAUCAAGUGGUGUUGUAGUGUAGUACAGGAGAGACCUCAACUCCACUGAGAGACCAUGUCUAACUGAGCCCAGCUGUUGAGACAGAAAGAGCCUAACUCAAAUAUCCAUACUUAGUUUAUACUGGCUUGUUGCUCAGAGAUAUGUACUCGGUCUGAAUAUGAAACCAUUUGUCAUUUCCAAUCCUAACAAAUCAGAAGGACAUAAAAUAAACAAGUUAAUUAUUGACAAUUCACAAACACUGUUAAUGUUUGUGAAUAUAUCAACUUUAAAUGAGUGAGUGAGGUUUGAUAUGUGUUAGGUUGUGUGCGAUUAAUAAUAAGGCAAAUAAAUAGAUAUUUACAGUGUAUUGACACAGUUGAAUCCUGAUCAGUGCACUUUGAUUAAUUAUCAACUCUGUUGUGCACUGUCAUGGUAACUUAGUCCCAAGCCAUUACAUUUAUCAGGACAUCUACUGUAUGUAUUAACAAGUAAUUUGUGUUUAUGAGCAGUGGUCAUGAACAGUAGGUCAUGAACACUGCUCACACACACGUAGCCAAGCACACACACACACACUGUCAAUGUUUAUCUAUGUUUGAUAUUAGUGUCUUGAUAAUCAUCUGGGUUACGUUUCCCGUCACUCAUUCCUUAAUGGCCAUUUUGUUGGAAUAUUGAAAUGAUGAAUAGCAAGCCUUGCUCCCAAUUCUAUGUGCCCAUCUGUGUUAUUAACCAAUGGAAAAUAUGAGGUCAAUACAUUAAAGUUAACUUCUGUGUCUUUCCCAACAGACAACAUGGGUUGUAAAAAAUCAAAGCUAAAUGACGGUCUGAAUGGAGGUGUGCUUGAUGGCAAGAACCAACAGCCAGUACGUCCCGACCAAACUGUAUAUGUGAGAGAUCCCACCUCCAGUAAACCAAAUGCUGCAGUAAGUAGUACUGUCAGGGGAAACAGUAUUUUUUUUUAGUAAUUAUUCUUGUAGUGUUAACAGCUGUUAUCACUACAAAAAAAUCCCUGACCUGGAAACAAUUGACAAAAUUGGUUCAAGUGUGUUAUUAAUGAAUCUUCGAAUAUUGAAAAAGUAACCAAAUGAUCAAUGUUUUUAUUUAAAUGGACCCAAUAGCACAAAUGUCAGUUUCCAGCCAUCUCUCUCUCUCUCUCUCUCUCUCUCUCUCUCUCUCUCUCUCUGUUUCAUCUAUUCACUUUAGAUUAUCCUUAGAUUCAAACUACUAUUCAUAGAUUAGCACAAUAAAACCAUAACGAAAUUUGACAAACUACUGUUCAAAGUACUGAAAUGAAAUCAUCUCUUGGUGCAGAGUAACUCACCUCCUGGAGGUCUCCUGCCUGGUCAGGUAUUCAUGAAAAUGGAAGGUAUGCUUGUUGUAUUUCUUUAUCGCACACUAUUACAGUAAUAUUUGAUGCGGAGCAAAUAUUGUAUGGUGUUUCCAUUUCCUUUGCAGUGCAUUGUGCAGUGCAUUAUUCCAAUAAUAUUUGAUUGCAGAGAAAUGUUCCCACUGUCCCUCUUAUCUCACACAGAGCAAUCUGAGUCUGGUAAAAUAGUCAUUGCAGUAUACCCAUAUGAUGCAAUACACAAAGACGAUUUGGGAUUCAAGAAGGGCGAAAGGCUUAAGGUUCUUGAAGAGUAAGUGUCAAUCCAAUGUAGGACUAAGAGGAAUAUUGUUUGCUCAAGCAUUUUAUAUAAAGAUAAUAGUGUCAUCAUUGAAUAGGUAGAUUCUUGUUGUGUCCCUUCCUUGACUUGAGGCUUCAUUGACAUAUGAAUCAUAACUGUUUUCAGGCAUGGUGAAUGGUGGAAGGCUAAGUCUCUGACCACUAAGAAAGAAGGAUUCAUACCCUCCAAUUAUGUUGCCGAGGCCAAUACCAUGGAGACAGAGGAGUGAGUGUCGUCAUCACAAUGACUUUUACACAUUUCUCUCAGAGCCAACAAGGUUUUCUAUUCACCGUUAAUGGAUGCACAUACUGUAGCUGUUAUUAUUCAUUCAUUUCGGGGGAAGAUUGGAUGUCUAAAUUGUGCCACUAUAAUAUUGUUUUUCUGUUCUGCGUAGAUGGUUUUAUAAGGAUAUUACAAGGAAGGACGCAGAGAGACAACUUUUGGCACCUGCAAACAAAGCAGGAUCUUACCUCAUUCGUGAGAGUGAGACAUCAAAAGGUAAGGACCAACUGGAGAAACUAAGUCUCUCUAAUGAAAAUAGAUGGUCCAUGAUUCACUCUAUUGUAUUUGGAUGUCUGAAUGUCUGAGUAUGAUUGUGAUAGUUGUUUCUCUUUAUCAGGAAGUUAUUCCAUGUCCAUCAGAGAUGUGGAUGCCCAGGGGACAGACACUGUGAAACAUUAUAAGAUCCGCAUGCUGGAUAACGGAGGCUUCUACAUCUCUCCUAAAAUCACAUUCCCUAAUAUUGGCAGCAUGAUAAAACAUUAUCACAGUGAGUACCACUGUAUUUGAGCCCACCUCUAAUAUUGCACACACUUAAACAUCUUGCUUGGUUACUCUUCACUUUGACCAUUUAUGACCUUGAACUUCUCUUGGCUUCUUUCAAAUUUCAACUUUCAACUUCUCUAUUCACUAAAAGUAAAUAAAGAAUAUCUUGUCUAAAGAAUAUAGUAGUGUCACUCUGCUAUGUCUCAACAUUGGUUUGUUGUGUGCUUGUCAGAACAAUCGGAUGGUCUCUGUCGAAAGCUGGAGAAGCCGUGCGAUAAACCCAAAGCUCAGAAGCCAUGGGACAAAGAUGCCUGGGAGAUCUCCAAGGAGUCCAUCAAGAUGGUGAAGAAACUAGGAGCAGGACAAUUUGGUGAAGUGUGGAUGGGUGAGUCAACGAAAGAGACUCCCUGUCUGUUGGAGGAGUGUGUUGUAUGUGUGUGAGUGUACAGCAGUGGUUCCCAACCUUUUUUGGUUACUGUACCACCAACUGAAUUUUGCUCUGCCUGGAGUACCCCUGAAGUACCCCCUCAUGUGCAUUUUACCAGUAGGCCUAUGGUCUCAUGAGUCUUCCUAAGUACCCCCUGUGGAAAGGCCAAGUACCCCCAGGGGUCUUAGUACCCCAGGUUAGGAACUGCUGUUGUACAGUAUGUGACUGUGUGUCAUUUCACCAAGAACAUAGUAGUGGUGAUGAUUAGAUAUCCCAAAUUAGUAAAUAAUCUUUAUUGUAAUGUAAAUGGAUGCAUGAGUCAUGGCAGACCUUUGGUCAGAAUUCUCCAUUGUUUUUUAAUACUAUCACUUUAAUGUGGUGUAAUUGUAUCAGGGGUAGGGCAGCUGAGACAGACAGGCAUAGUCAAAUGUUGAUCCUACUGUCUCUAUGAGAUUGUGAGCAGCCUUAGAGAGUGGAGGGAUGGGACUGGUACUAGGAACUGUUGGCGCUGUUAUCAGAGGCAUCUGUAGAGGAAAUGUGAGUGUGUCUGAUGUCGAAUUUGCAUUGGAUUUUGUUAUUAUUCAUGUCCUCCCUUCCCGCAACUCAGCCUUGAUGAAAUGCAGGAAGUUGUCAUCUUUGCAAAUAUACAAAUGGACUGUGGGGCCUCCUGUACGGCGCUCAAGAUGUUUCCUUUGUUUUCUCUGACCUCAUUGGCAUUAAGGGCUUUUCCUAUGGCACAGUGAGCCAGCCAGCCAGACGGAGCCGUCGACAGUCCUGUUUCCUCUCAUUCACCUCCUUGCAUUUGUUAUGUCUCUGGAGAAUUUAGUCCCCUCUUCUCUAUGAAAAAAAAAGGAAUUAAGAGGUUUAGAUUAGGAUGAAGUUCAGGGCUUGUUCAGCUAGCACAUUAGAAACACAAUAGAAUUGUUGGAGACUUACAUUACCGGUCAAAAGUUUUAGAACACCUACUCAUUCAAGUGUUUUUCUUUAUUUUUAUUAUUUUCUAAAUUGUAGAACAAUAGUGAAGACAUCAAAACUAUCAAAUAACACAUAUGGAAUCAUGUAGUAACCAAAAAAGUAUUAAACAAAUCUAAAUAUAUUUUAUAUUUGAGAUUCUUCUUUGUUUAACACUUUUUUGGUUACUACAUGAUUCCAUAUGCGUUAUUUCAUAGUUUUGAUGUCUUCACUAUUAUUCUCCAAUGUAGAAAAUAUUAAAAAUAAAGAAAAACCCUUGAAUGAGUAGGUGUUCUAAAACUUUUGACCGGUAGUGUAUGUGAUAAAGAAAUGCUAUUCUGGAUGGAGGGUUCAAAAUGCUCAAACUUGUACUGAAACUCCACUUGUUAGUCAGUGAUGUAUACAGAUAAACUCCCUAGCGUGUAUUUUAUUAGGUCUAUCCCAAUUGGCACCCUAUUCCCUACAUAGUGCACUACUUUUGACCAGAGCUCUAUGAGCCUUGGUCAAAAGUAAUACACUAUAUAGGGAAUAUGGUGUCAUUUGGGACGCACACUUAGAGUUAUUGUUUUGAAUCAGUGGUCUCUCUGGCAGUUCCAUCAUCAUUCCCCUGAGACGUCAUACAGUUGAUGUUUGUUCAGAGGGCAGUGAAGCUGAAACGCAGGAAUGUGUAUCUGUCUCAAGGCUCCUGCUGUCUACUUUUAGCUCUCUCAAACAAACUUAUUUUCUUCUGAACUGUUACAGCUUAAUUCCUUAAUUCUAUUUAUUGAGUAUGUACUACGCUUCACUACUCUCUGGCAUACUUAGCACUGCCAUUGGUUCCCUUGUUGCUUAAUCGUGUGAAACAGCAUGCAAUCACUGUCACCUGUUUAUGUGAAAUAUUCCAAACAAAAUGUCAUUCAAAUAAAAAGACAAAAAGAUACAGUAGGUAGUCCUAGAGGUCAGAAUACAUUUUUAUAUACUUCAUACUGUGUAAAUCCCUAAUUGCAGCAUUCUACAACAACACGACCAAGGUGGCAGUGAAGACACUGAAGCCAGGCACCAUGUCAGCGGAGGCCUUCAUGGAGGAGGCUAACCUGAUGAAGACCCUGCAACACGACAGACUGGUGCGCCUCUACGCCGUCGUCACCAAAAUCGAGCCCAUCUACAUCAUCACAGAGUACAUGUCCAACGGUAACACACACUUCAAGUCCAAUUCCUAAUAAUUUUGCCAACAUGGACUGUUUUCAUCAAUACACACCAUUUGAUGUUACAUGAGUUAUGUAAGUGUUCUGUAAGUCACCUUUGCACAUUUUAAUUGGUUUGGUUUCUAUUCCUCAAUUUUGUUUCUUUACUUUUUUAGGUAGCCUCUUAGAUUUCCUAAAAAGUGAGGUAGGCUGCAAAGUACAGCUACCUAAGCUCAUCGAUUUCUCUGCA